CGAGGUUUCAAGAUGGCGGUGCCUGUGUGGUUGACCGAGACCCAGAGGUGAAGGCCCCUUCGGAGAAAGUACUCGGGAACCCCUCGCUAGUCGCUCUCGCCGUCCCGGGAGACUCUCAGUCGUUUUUUUUUUUUUUAAUGAAGAAGUAAACCAUAUAAACUGUCAACAUGGGACGAAGAUCAACAUCCUCCACCAAGAGUGGGAAGUUUAUGAACCCCACAGACCAAGCCCGAAAAGAAGCCCGGAAAAGAGAGUUGAAAAAGAACAAAAAACAGCGCAUGAUGGUCCGAGCUGCAGUUUUGAAGAUGAAAGACCCCAAGCAGAUUAUCCGGGACAUGGAGAAAUUGGAUGAAAUGGAGUUUAACCCAGUGCAACAGCCGCAGUUGAAUGAAAAAGUACUGAAAGACAAGCGUAAAAAGCUGCGAGAAACCUUUGAACGAAUUCUGCGGCUCUAUGAGAAAGAAAACCCAGACAUCUACAAAGAGCUGAGGAAGCUGGAAGUGGAGUACGAGCAGAAGAGGGCGCAGCUGAGCCAGUACUUUGAUGCCGUCAAGAACGCCCAGCAUGUGGAAGUAGAGAGCAUCCCUCUGCCAGAUAUGCCGCAUGCCCCUUCCAACAUCCUGAUCCAGGACAUUCCUCUUCCUGGUGCCCAGCCACCCUCUAUCCUGAAGAAAACCUCGGCAUAUGGGCCUCCAACUCGAGCAGUUUCUAUCCUUCCUCUCCUGGGACACGGUGUUCCACGUUUGCCCCCUGGCAGAAAACCGCCUGGCCCUCCACCUGGCCCACCUCCUCCUCAAGUUCUGCAGAUGUAUGGCCGUAAAGUGGGCUUUGCUCUCGAUCUUCCCCCUCGGAGGCGAGAUGAAGACAUGCUGUACAGUCCGGAACUUGCUCAGCGGGGCCAUGAUGAUGACAUGUCCAGCACCAGUGAGGACGACGGCUAUCCUGAGGACAUGGAUCAGGAUAAGCACGAUGACAGUACUGAGGACAGUGACACUGACAGAUCCGAUGCAGAAAGUGAUGGGGAUGAGUUCGGCCACCGUGACGACAGUGAGCGUGACAACACUGAGGAGAAGAAGUCAGGUCUGAGCGUCCGGUUUGCAGAUAUGCCUGGGAAAUCUAGGAAGAAGAAGAAGAACAUGAAGGAGCUGACUCCUCUUCAAGCCAUGAUGCUGCGAAUGGCAGGUCAGGAAAUCCCUGAGGAAGGACGGGAAGUGGAGGAGUUUUCAGAGGAGGAGGACGACGACGACUCUGAGGACUCUGAGGCAGAGAAGCCAUCGCAGAAGCAGCAUAAAGAGGAUUCCCACGCUGACGGCUCCUCGGCCGCCUCUUCACAGCAGCAGGCCCCUCCACAGGCCGUUCCUCCUUCUCAGAUACAAGCACCUCCCAUGCCAGGACCGCCACCUCUCGGACCACCGCCUGCCCCACCCUUACGGCCUCCUGGACCACCUACAGGCCUUCCUCCUGGGCCACCUCCAGGGGCUCCUCCAUUCCUGAGACCACCUGGGAUGCCAGGAAUCCGAGGGCCUUUACCACGGCUUUUACCUCCAGGACCACCACCAGGCCGACCUCCUGGCCCUCCGCCAGGCCCACCUCCAGGUCUCCCCCCUGGGCCCCCUCCUCGAGGACCCCCACCAAGGCUACCUCCUCCUGCACCUCCAGGUAUCCCUCCUCCUCGUCCUGGCAUGAUGCGCCCUCCGUUGGUGCCUCCUCUUGGACCUGCCCCGCCUGGCCUUUUCCCGCCAGCUCCCUUACCCAACCCAGGGGUGUUGAGUGCCCCACCCAGCCUCAUUCAGCGACCGAAGGCGGAUGAUGCAAGUGCAGCCACCAUCGAGAAGAAGGCCACAGCGACCAUCAGUGCCAAGCCCCAGAUCACCAAUCCCAAGGCAGAGGUCACACGGUUUGUGCCCACUGCACUGAGGGUGCGCCGCGAGAAUAAGGGGGCUACUGCCGUUCCCCAAAGAAGGUCAGAGGAGGACUCUGCUGUGCCUGUGGCCAAAGCAGCCCCCAGAUCUGGGCCUUCAGUUCCUGUGUCGGUACAGACUAAGGACGAUGUCUAUGAAGCGUUUAUGAAAGAGAUGGAAGGGCUGCUGUGACAGAUUGUCCUGCCAGUGCAGGCUUCUCCUCAGAGGACUGGUUUGUGGAACAAGAGGCUCUCGUUAAACUUAGAGAGAAGAGCGAAGUGCACUGUCAGGUGUAAUAGACCAGGCUGUGAAGCACUGCUGCUAGCCCCAUUCCCUGACACCACCGUCUCCUCCCCUCUUCCCCUCUCCAUUUUGGGAAUUCUAUCAGCGAGGUCUUAGUUACUUGUUUUGACUCAUGUGCCAUGAGCACUAGGGUAGAGAAUUCUGGAGGAAGAAAGUUUAUUUCAUCUUGACUUUUGUGUUUGUGUUAUUUUUAAUAUUUUCCUGUAAAUAUUUUGUAAUAUUUUCCUUGUAGUGAAAUGGAUCACAAUAUCAUUUCCUAAUUCAAAGCAGGAUAUGUGGGAAGAAAAUACACAAUUCUGGGGUUAAUGUUAUUUCCCACAAACUAAACUCUUUUGAGUGUUUCUUGGAGAAAUAAAAUGUUCCAUACCAA